AGCGACUGACUAGUAGACACAUUUUGAGAAUCGUCUCUCUUCAUUGCAAACGAGUGGUUGCUUAUCAUUUAAAUACCGAACUUUAAAAGUGAGCAAUCGGGUGCAGUGGUGCACUAAAAAGUGCGUUUACAUUUCGUGCAAAACAGAGACCGCAGAGACUUUCCUUGUGGUGCAAAUUCAUUUUUUUUCUCACGACGGCAUCCUUCUUUGACUCGAUCGUCAGUCAUUAAUAAGCCGCCCUCCCUUUAAGCGUGCGGUCGCUCACGCCGUGCCCGCGCGUCUAUUGCGCGCUCUGGCGUCGCCUGCCGCCUGUCCCUGGUGACGGGAAAAGCUUCACGAAGAGUGACUGUGAAAACAUCUCCCAAUGAAGAUACUACUAAUUGAAGCUUUUUAUGGAGGAUCUCAUAAGCAACUAGUUGAUCUACUGAUGGACAAUAUUGAAGGCUGUGUUGCUUAUACACUUCCUGCAAAAAAAUGGCAUUGGCGAGCUCGUACUGCUGCUCUUCACUUUAUGCAAGCUAUACCAAUCAAUGACACUUACAGAGUUCUUUUUACCAGUUCUGUUCUUAACCUUGCUGAGUUAAUUGCCCUGAGACCAGAUCUAGCAAAACUGAAAAAAAUUCUUUACUUUCAUGAGAAUCAACUUAUAUAUCCUGUCCGGAAGAGCCAGGAAAGGGAUUUUCAGUAUGGAUACAAUCAAGUUCUGUCAUGUUUGGUGGCUGAUAUGGUAGUGUUCAAUUCUACCUUCAACAUGGAAUCCUUUCUUACAUCCAUCAGCACUUUUAUGAAGCUCAUUCCUGACCACAGGCCCAAAGAUCUGGAAAAACUUAUUAGGCCAAAGUGUCAAGUGAUUUAUUUUCCUAUCAAGUUUACAGAUGUCAGGAGAUUUCUUCCAGAUCAUAAACUGGAAAGCCUUUCUCAAAGAAUUAACACCAAGGAUGUUUUUUGCCAUCAACCAUCACAAAGUUCAUUGAUUUAUGAAGGCUGCAGCAGAACUAAGGAGCUAUUAAUUGAGAAUCCUUCAGAAAGAGGCAUUGAAUACAGAGCAGACAUAUUCCAGGAUGGAUCAUCGACCUCACCAGUUAGUUGUCAGAAUCUAAACAUACUGGAAGGAUCAGAAAGAACAGCUGUUUCUCCUGAAGAAGAAAAUAAUCUUUCUGACAGAGUAGGUGGAACGAUAAUAGGUAGCCACAGAGUAAUAACAUCUCAGAAGCAUCCACUACAUAUUGUUUGGCCUCACAGGUGGGAACAUGACAAAGACCCUGAGGUCUUCUUCAAGAUAAUACUGAAGCUAAAAGAGAAAGCACUAGCCUUUCAAGUGUCCGUCCUUGGUGAGACCUUUACUGAUGUGCCAGCCAUCUUUGCAGAAGCUAGAAAGAUCCUGGAUGGUCACAUCGCACACUGGGGCUACAUACCAAGCAAAGACGACUACAUAAAAAUUCUGUGUGAAGCUGAUGUAGUAGUUUCAACAGCCAGACACGAAUUUUUUGGUGUGGCGAUGUUAGAAGCUGUUUAUUGUGGAUGCUACCCUUUGUGCCCAAAGGCUCUUGUUUACCCUGAAAUUUUUCCAGCUGAAUAUCUAUACUCUACACCUGAACAACUCUUUAAGAGACUUCAAACUUUCUGCACAAAAACAGACCUUGUAAGAAAACAUCACGUUAAGGUUGACAUGGAUCUGUUUUCCUGGGCUAAUCUGAGUAGGAAAUACAGGACUCUCCUUACAGCAGAAGCCAAAGAAGAUUUGUGACAGAUGGGGCUAAGUUACAAACUUGCAGCCUAAGGCAGAAUCUGUGGAACUUUCCAGAGUGUGCCCAUAUUUACCUGAUCAGAGCGGGAGAGGGAAGAAAAUCUGCAAAGGAAGCUGAGCCUGGCUGCUUGUCAUAGCUGACACAGAGCCAUCUGCCACAAACCUGUGGCGGCUUCAGAUCUCCAUUCCCUGCCACCACCCCAAACCAAAUUAAAUACAGAUUCAUAGAGACGUUAUGAUGGUUACAUAUGUCCCCAGCUUCACAUGCAGGAGACUUUGUAUAAAAAAAAAAAAAAAAUGUGGUCUGUUGUAUAACCACACUCAUGUAUCCCAUAUGUGGUGCCACAUUGAAUUUCCGGUUGAAUCUGUUUUUAUCCUUUGUACUGGAUGACAUGGUGCCGGAAUUCUUUCUUUCUCCGACAUGAUGGCAGCCAAGCUGUAGCUUCAAACGCUUGCACUUGGCUGCAUUUCUACCUAAGUUGCCAGGUUAUCGUCGUGUUCUCAGAGGGCCACGGGGGCUGAAA